UGCCCUGUAACUACUGGGAGGAGUCCUGCUUUGUCUAUAAAAAGCUGCACUUUGCCAAACAUUGUAACAGAACCGAAUUUAGCGAUUCACUCGCCCAUCCUCUGCGGGGAGAGAGAACCAAGCACAGCCAUGUUUGGGAUCGGGAAGAAGUUUGCCGAGGAAGCCGCGCAGCAAGCUGAAAGCGCAGCACAGGUGGCAGUUAACACGGUGGGCCAGACUGUGCAGCAAGCAGUGGAUCAGGCUAAGGAUGCCGGUCAGAAAGCUCUUGACGAAGUCUACAAAGUUGCUGAAACUGGUGAAAAAGCUGUAAAAAAUGUAGCAAAUCAAGCAACUUCGUGGGGCAAAAGCUUUGGACAGUGAAGAUAAAUGUAUUGCCACUGAAAUUUUU